AUGGCUGAAAACAUGAACUGGGUCGGGGACACUCCCCCCUACGGUCGGCCCUCCCGCAGAAUGCAGGAAGUGACGGAGUUUGAGGAGCGAAUGAACGCAGUUAUCGCCCUUGACGGCGUUCUUGCCCUCGCCUUAGCUCGCCGAGCCCAGAACCCGCCGACAUGGUUCAUGCCAGAUGGAACCAUCCGACUCCUGCCCGAAGACUGCAGAAUUAACCUUGCCGCCACUACCGACACCGAUCCGACCUGCUGUCUCGACUUCGACCUCGAGCCCUUUAAGGAAGAGCUGCCACUGUGGAACCCACUGCCCAUGCGGACUCGCCUCGUCGGUAAAGUGCGGGCCUCAUUCACCCCCGACCAGUACCGCAAUCCUGGCCGGGUCAUCGAAGAAGUUGGUCAAGCCCAGCACAGCGUCUUGCUCGUGGUCGACCCGCCGACCCCCACCGCGGGAAGAGACGUCUACCUCCUCCCUAAGGCCGUCGCGCCUUACUUUGAUCUCGUCACCGAAGGAGAGAUCGUCAUCGACAUCCACGAUGUCGAGAUGAACGAAGACGCCGACACCGAAAUCAAGCGUCUUGAGAUCAUCGUUACGCUCCUGGAAGAGUGGGACACGGCCUUCUCUCUCCAAAUGUCAACCUUUGCGAUUAAGGCACGCCGUUGGCGCGUGGAGCGUCGCGAGUGGGAGUUUGAGACCGUGCAGGCGAUCUUCGUCACCCGGAACCUCCACAUGCUCAGCCCGGACUUCGAUCCCUCCAGCCUGGUUUUUGCCCGUUAUUUUGUUUCUAAGCAGAACGAACUGGAUCGGGCUGGAGGUGUUGCGGUCUGGGAGGGCGUGUGGGAUAAGGAGGGGCUCGACGCCUUGGUCGCAUGCCGGAAUCAAGUCUUCAUGACCGGGCUCCAGGUCAAGCGGAUCCUUUUCGACCUGUUCACGGAUGAUGAGCUUCGUAAGGAGCGCAACCGCUUGCUCGUCGCGGAUAUGCGACGGUACUGGUGGGUCUUUGACGACGAUUGA